AUGCCGCUGCGUCAAGAAUCAAACUUUUUCUACCUAACUGGAUGCGACGUCGCCAAUUCCCACUUGAUGAUAACUGUCUCCCCUCCUACCGUGGCGUCCAAUGGUCCCGAAGUAAAGUCGACACUUUUCAUCCCCAGGGAAGACCCAUUGGAAACAAUGUGGUCUCCCCCGCCUCCCACUCUAGAAGCGGCACGCUCGACGCACGAAGUCGAUAUCCUUGCGUACUCGGAUGAAUUUGAUAAACAUGUUGCCGGUGCUAUCAAGACCAGGGAAACCGCCGUGCACAUCCUGCCACAGACCAUCCAGUUCCCGACUCUUCCUGCUCCAUUGCUCGUGGCUCUGUCAGCCUCUGGAGCAAACCCUCCACCGAUGAUCAAGUACCUUCUCCCAGCUCUCCACUCUGCGCGUCUCAUUAAAACUGAAUAUGAAAUUGAACUCAUUCGUCAAGCAAAUGCGAUUUCUUCUAGAGCACAUGAAGUAAUCAUGCGUGUGUUGGGAAAGGAUGUGAAAGAGGUUGGAGGAAGGGUCAGUACCGGCUCCAAGGAGGUUACGGCCGUGAUGCCAGGGCAGUGGAGGAUCGAAAAGGAAGCUGAAGCCGAGGCGAUAUUUGUUGCUAGUUGUAGGCGUGAAGGCGCCGUACAUCAAGCAUAUAUGCCUAUUGUCGCAUCGGCUCAGCAUGCCGCUACUUUACAUUAUUGCUGCAAUGAUCGGGCGUUCGCCUGGGGCCCUGUAAACUCCGAACGUCAAGAUCUGGCUACGCAGCCCGCGAACGGUCAUGCCCAUGCGCAUAACGGCACACAGAACGGGCAUGGAAAUGAGCCAACACUUGCGCCACAAGUACUCUUACUGGAUGCGGGCUGUGAGUGGCGCAAUUACGCUUCGGACAUUACCCGUACUACUCCUGUUGGGAAUGGAGGAAAGUUCACUCCAGAAGCUCGUGCAAUUUACGAACUCGUCCUGAAAAUGCAAGAAGAGGCUAUCGAUUCUCUGAAACCUGGCCUGCACUGGGAUAAAGUUCAACUUCAAUGUCAUUUGACGUUGAUUGAUGGAUUCCUAGAGUUGGGACUCUUCAAAGGCGAAAGAGCCGACAUCAUCAACUCGGAAAUAUCCAGCGCAUUUUUCCCUCAUGGAGUAGGCCAUUCACUUGGCCUCGAUGUGCAUGAUGUCCCGUCAGCAUCUAAACCCGAAGCUGUUACUGCCUCUUCCUCCUUGCUUGCUCUAGGUCCGAACGUAACAAUUCCUAUUGAAAGUGCAGAUCACCCGUCGUUCUACAGGUAUUUACGCCUCCGUCUCCCUCUCGCCACUGGUAUGGUCCUCACUGUUGAACCUGGUAUCUACUUCUCUCCACACCUGCUCGCUCCCGUUCGAUCGUCCCCAUACAUUGACCACGAGCUUCUGGCCAAGUAUGAGAGCGUUGGCGGUGUACGAAUCGAGGAUGUUUUGUGGAUCACAGAAACUGGAUGCCAAAACUUUACCAUGACGGGGAAGAGCGUAGAGUGGAUUGAGAAGCUGACUUCUGGCCAAGCUUGA